UUUGGAACAAAAGAAGAGCGAAAAAGUUUAGAUUUUCUUUUGUUUAAAAAAUUUUCAGAAAUACUAAAAGACCAAAACAGACAAAAAGUUUAAAGUGAAAAUAAGAUAAAAAAAAGCUUUGAUAAAACAGCUUGAUUACAAAAUGUCCACGAAAUCCACUGACACUGAUCGGGAACAACUACUUCGUGAAUUACAAUGUCCCUUUAAUUGGGACAUGUUCGAAUGUAACAGACGAAAUUUCCCAUAAUUUAAAUGAAGAUGAUAGUUUUGUACCUGAAUUAACAUUUACAAGACUUUUGAUGUCGGCAUUUGUUCAAGUACUGAAAAAGGAUUACAAUCAAGCCGAUGAAAAACUUGGGAUAACGGAAAUCGUAAUCGACAAAUUCAAAAGUCCAAUAAAAAAGGAAGUGGCGAGACAUAUUUUUGACGCAACAAAAGCUCAUUUAUUGUUGCAGAGGGAAAGCAAUUUAACCCAAGUUGAUGAACUGCUAAAAAAUAUUAGGGACAUCAGUGAUAAAAUUUAUCAGAGUUCACUUAAUCAAUUCAAAGCGGCUAUUUGGAUACAUUGUAAUCAUUGGAAUGCAACAACGAAGAGAGCAAUAAAAUUUUCUGAAAUUGCAGUCGAAUAUGAUCCUGAAGAUGCGACAGCUCACUAUUUACUAGCGAAGAAUUUGAGGACAGACCGAAGAUUUAUUUCAAAAUCGAUUUACCCUAGAUCGGAUGAAAUCUAUCAUUUUGGAAGAGCAUAUGAAAUCGAAAAGAAUCCACAAUUUGGAAUUUUGUUCGCACAAAGUUUAAGAGAAAAUCGAGAUAAUAGAGAUUCAAUGAAGAUAUACGAGGAAUUGAGCAAUAUGAAAAUUGAAAAUGUACCGCUACAAUUGCGAAUGGCAGCAGCAUUUAUAGCAUUUCGGGAUUUUGGAAAUUCGAGAAAAUGUCUGAAUUAUGUCGAAUCUGUUGAACCGGAAAACAACACUUUCCUACAUCACAAAGGGAAAUAUUUUAUGGAACUAAUGCAAUAUGAGGAAGCUUCGAAAUGUUUAUUAAAAUCUGCAGAAGAAGGGAAUUUCGGUGCAGAUAUGUUAUACAUUAAAUGUAUUCGGAUGUUACAAGUGCCUUUUGAUUAUACAUCCCAUUUUUUGAAAUUGAAAGAAAAGUAUUCAGAUUACAAUAGUCCAGCGAAGAAAGAAAUUCUCAUAAAUCUGGCAUUUUGUUAUUUUGUCUUUAAGAAAGACUUUGAUGAAGCUGUAAAACACUUUGUGGAAUUUUUCGAAAUUGGCGACUCUGGCUAUUUGUUAUUCAAGCACUUUCAAUUCAUACCGUUCCUAAGACCUGUCAAUAUUUAUUAUUUUUUGGAAGAUGAGUUUUUGCCAAAAGUAAAUUCUUACAUCAAUAGUAAAAGAAACAUUGUUUCUAAGGAAACUAUUCAAGGAUCUGAAACAUUAAUGAAAAUUGCUAAACAAUUUUCGUUAAAUAAUCCCCGAACAACGAACAGAACUUUUUACUAUUAGUCAUAGGAGAAUUACUUUAUUUGUUUCUCCUUGUGUGUGAAAACGAAGUUUUAAGUAAACAAUUUUUAUACUAUUUACUAUAGUAUCGAUAAUAAACAAUCAAAAUUUUAAUAAAUGACUUCUUUUUAUUUACUUAUUCGCACUUUUAAGAAUUUUUUUUAAUUAAUUAAAUUAACAUAUAUUUUUAAAAUUAUAUAUAAGAUUCGACUUUCAAAAGACUAUUAUUUCGUCGGCUUGGUGGAAAACUGUACAUAAUUCAAGAAUUCGUUAUAAACAAUAGAAAGCUUGAGUAUGCAAAUACAUUGAGUCACUGAUAAGAUGAACAAAAAGAAACUUUUUUUUAAAAAUGCAUAAGCUUAUUUUAUGUCCAGCAACAGUGUUGAUCAAGUCGACAUAAAUUGUUAAAAAUUAAAAAUAGCAGUUUGCAUCGUUUGCAUUAUAGAGUUGAAAAUUGAAUUUAAAAAAAUUGUUCCAAUUAAUGAAGAGAGAAGGCGCUGCUAAUACAUUUGCCGAUUAUCGUUCAAGAAGUGAAGAUCGUUCCCAAAAAGAGAAAAAAUUGACAGGAAUUAAAAAAUCAGAAAGAAAAUAUAUUCGGCUCAAUAUAACAAAA